AUGACGGGUCUUCCGUCGACGUGGACGACGCUUCAACCGGAAGUGGACGUUCAGCUCGGCGACGUGGAAGUAGGCUGACUGCCUCUGUAUCCCGCAGCCGUCACUUUACUGCCGCAACAAUGAUUAAGAAAUUCGACAAGAAGGACGAGGAGUCAGGAAGUGGGUCGAACCCUUUCCAGAAUCUGGAGAAGAGUGCAGUUCUGCAGGAGUCACGUAUUUUCAACGAGACCCCCAUAAACCCAAGACGAUGUCUACACAUUCUGACCAAAAUCAUCUAUCUCCUCAACCAGGGGGAACAUUUUGGAACGACGGAGGCAACCGAAGCCUUCUUUGCCAUGACCAGACUCUUUCAGUCCAAUGAUCAAACUCUGAGGAGGAUGUGCUACCUGACCAUCAAAGAGAUGGCCAACAUCUCAGAGGAUGUCAUUAUUGUUACCAGCAGUCUGACCAAGGACAUGACUGGCAAGGAAGAUGUCUACAGAGGACCUGCGAUCAGAGCUCUGUGCAGGAUUACAGAUACCACCAUGCUCCAAGCUAUUGAGAGAUACAUGAAGCAGGCUAUUGUUGACAAAGUGCCCAGUGUGUCCAGUUCUGCCCUGGUGUCUUCACUGCACAUGGUGAAGAUGAGCUAUGACGUCGUGAAGCGUUGGGUGAAUGAAGCUCAAGAAGCUGCUUCCAGUGAUAAUAUCAUGGUGCAGUACCAUGCCCUGGGCCUCUUGUACCACCUCAGGAAGAACGAUCGUUUGGCCGUCACCAAGAUGCUGAACAAGUUCACCAAGUCUGGUCUCAAGUCUCCCUUUGCUUACUGCAUGCUCAUCAGAAUCGCCAGCAAACUGCUGGAUGAAACAGAGGGAGGUCACGACAGUCCUCUGUUUGACUUUAUUGAGAGCUGCCUGAGGAACAAGAACGAGAUGGUGGUGUACGAGGCAGCGUCAGCCAUCGUUCACAUGCCCAACUGUACAGCCAGAGAGCUGGCCCCCGCUGUGUCCGUGUUGCAGCUCUUCUGCAGCUCUCCUAAAGCUGCCCUGAGGUACGCUGCAGUCAGGACCCUCAACAAGGUGGCAAUGAAACACCCAUCAGCAGUCACAGCUUGCAAUCUGGACCUUGAGAAUCUGAUCACUGACUCCAACCGCAGCAUCGCCACCCUGGCCAUCACCACUCUGCUCAAGACCGGCAGUGAGAGCAGCGUGGACCGACUCAUGAAGCAGAUUUCCUCAUUCGUGUCUGAGAUCUCAGAUGAGUUCAAGGUUGUUGUGGUGCAGGCCAUCAGUGCCCUGUGUCAGAAGUAUCCCAGGAAACACAGUGUGAUGAUGAACUUCUUGUCCAACAUGCUGAGAGAUGACGGGGGGUUUGAGUACAAGCGUGCCAUAGUGGACUGCAUUAUCGGCAUCAUCGAGGAGAACCCCGAGAGCAAAGAGACGGGUCUGGCUCACCUGUGCGAGUUCAUCGAGGACUGUGAGCACACGGUGCUGGCCACCAAGAUCCUGCACCUGCUGGGCAAAGAGGGCCCACGCACGCCCCAGCCGUCCAAGUACAUCCGCUUCAUCUUCAACCGGGUGGUGCUGGAGAGCGAGGCCGUUCGUGCAGCUGCGGUCAGCGCUUUGGCCAAAUUUGGAGCUCAGAAUGACGACCUGCUGCCAAGUGUUCUGGUCCUUAUGCAGAGGUGCAUGAUGGACAGUGAUGAUGAAGUGAGGGACAGAGCGACCUUCUACAUGAAUGUGCUGCAGCAGAAGCAGAAAGCUCUGAACGCUGCUUACAUCUUCAAUGGUUUGUCUGUCUCUGUCCCCGGCCUGGAAAAGUCCCUCCACCAGUACACACUGGAGCCUUCAGAGAGACCUUUUGACCUGAAGUCUGUUCCUCUGGCCAGUGCUCCAAUCACAGAGCAGAAGACAGAACUGGCUCCUGUCGCAUCCAGCAAGAUUCCAGAAAAGUUGGCUCCGUCACGUCAGGACAUCUACCAGGAGCAACUGGCGUCCAUCACAGAGUUCCAGGGUCUUGGCCCACUCUUCAAGUCCUCGGAGCCAGUGCAGUUGACGGAGGCUGAGACGGAGUACGUGGUCCGCUGCAUCAAACACACCUUCGCCGGACACAUGGUGUUCCAGUUUGACUGCACUAACACCCUGAACGACCAGCUGCUACAGAAGGUCAUUGUUCAGAUGGAGCCAGCAGAGGCCUACGAGGUGAUCAACUACAUCCCUGCCCAGAACCUGCCCUACAGUCAGCCCGGCUCCUGCUACACCCUGGUCCGUCUGCCUGACGACGAUCCAACUGCUGUGUCCUGCACCUUCAGCUGUACCAUGAAGUACCUGGUCAGAGACUGUGACCCCAACUCGGGAGAACCUGAUGACGACGGUUAUGAUGAUGAAUACGUGCUGGAAGACCUGGAGGUCACUGUCGCAGACCACAUCCAGAAGGUCUUGAAACCCAACUUUGGAGCAGCGUGGGAGGAAGUGGGGGAUGAGUUUGAGAGGGAGGAGACCUUUGCCCUGGCUUCUGUACGAACUCUGGACGAGGCGGUCAGUAACAUCAUCAGCUUCCUGGGAAUGCAACCAUGUGAACGCUCCGACAAAGUCCCUGAAAACAAGAACUCACACGUCCUCUUCCUGGCAGGUGUUUUCCGUGGAUGCCACGAUGUUCUCGUCCGAGCUCGCCUUGCACUAGCCGACAGUGUCACCAUGCAGGUGACGGUGCGGAGCACAGAAGAGACAGUCGUGGACGUCAUCUUGGCGUCUGUGGGCUGAAGUGCCAACAUCUGAGGAGCUCACGUUGUCUUCUUUUUUCCACAGAAUUUUAACUUUGUUUUUUUUCUCGUUCCCUGUCUUUGUCUGAAAUAUAACUAUUGUAAUCACAGUGGAAUGACAAUAAAAGUCUCAACUGUCAA